AAAUUGUAAGGAGUAGUAUCCAUCUUCUUCCUUGCCAUUAUAAAGUACAAACUUCUUGCGAAGCUCACAUCACUCUCUCUCUUUUUGCGAAGCUCCAACCCUCACGUUUUCACGCUCAUUACUCCAAUUCUUCGUUCACAUUUUGCUCACUUGUCUCUCUCAUUUGCUCAUACACCCAUGGAAUCAUUGAAAUUUCUCAAAUUCUGGCGUACUACUGCCGCUGUUAGAGAUAUUGACUCUGAUUUUGAUUCUGUUAAAAAAUUCACUGAUACUGUGGAUUAUAGAGGAAAUCAGGUAUCAACCGAGAGUACUCAUGAAGAAAUUGAUAAGGAUGAGGAUUCGUUUUUCGAUUUGGUAUUUACAGGGAUUAAUGGACACCCAAAAGAUAAUAAUAUCCCAUCCAACUCUGUUUCGGAAAAGAGUUGUCCGGUAAAGCAGGGGAAGGGAAAGUCGAACUCGCCGGAGUCUCCGAAUUCGGUACUCCGAUCAUCUCCCAAGUUCGCUGUAUGUUUUUUGGGGUUCAGGAAAUCGAAGCCGGAGAGAGUGAUCGUUGACGAUUCUUCUACGGUGAGUCCGAAGAUUCAAACCCAGAAACGCAAGGUGGAAGAAAGGGAAUCUUCAAUUAACGAUUCGUCGAAGCAAUUUACAAGAGCUGAUAUGGGCAAGUAUUUGAAUUUGAUGAAGCCUCUAUACUCAAGAGCUUCGAAAAGGUUCACCGACAAAAAUCAAUUGUCAUCAUCUUCUUCUUCAGUGCAAUCGUUGAGCUCACCAAGAAUUUCAUCAGAAGAGAAAAACGGAAACAGAGUCGCUGUACUCGAGGCCGUCCGUAAACGUCUAGGGAAAAGCCGGUCGACAGCUUCUUCCUUCGCCGGAGCUUCAAUCCCGCCGAUGAAUCGCCGAGACGAUUCACUGCUUGAGCAAAAUGACGGAAUCCAAAGUGCUAUUCUACAUUGCAAGAGAUCAUACAGCUCAGCCCGAAAAGACAGUUCGGUGUUAUUAUCAAAGAAUUCAAAUGAAGAUCUGCAAAGAGCCAUUUGUGAAGAGCAGAAUCGGUGGAGUAUUUGAAUAUAAUUUAGAUAGAAAAUUCCUAUUGUUGACACUUUUUUUUUUUCUCACUGUUUAGAUAAAAGUUGAAUAGUAGUAAUAUGAUUUUCGAAUGUAAAGUGACAUUGUAACAAGAGGGAGUUAUUAUUUUUUGAAAAAAAGAUCCUUUAAGUGUAUCAGAGGUGUUUGUGUGAUGUGUAAAUGUUCAAUUUGGUCAUUAUUAUGUUCUGA